AUGAAUUUCUUUUCUUUCUUUCUUUUUUCUUUCUUUCUUUCUUUCUUUUUUCUUUCUUUCUUUCUUUCUUACUUCUGCACGAAGACAUCUUAUUUCAUGCAUUCGAUUUAUUUUCUUCUUUUUCCUCUUCUGAAAAAUGAAUUUCUUUUUCUUUCUUUCUUUCUUAUUUUCUUUCUUUCUUUCUUUCUUUCUUUCUUUCUUUCUUUGUACUUCUGCACGAAGACAUCUUAUUUCAUGCAUUCGAUUUAUUUUCUUCUUUUUCCUCUUCUGAAAAAUGAAUUUCUUUUUCUUUCUUUCUUUCUUCCUUUCUUUCUUUCUUUCUUUGUACUUUUGCAAGAAGAUAUCUUAUUUCAUGCAUUCGAUUUAGUUUAUUCAAUAAAAUUAUUUUGUCUUCGUUUUUUUUUCUCCAUUCUUUCUUUCUUAUUUUGUUCCUUUGAGCGCGGAGACAUACAAAUUUCUUUUUCUUUCUUUCUUUCUUCUAUAAAAUUUCUUUCUUCCUUUCAUCUAAAAAAUUGUUUUUCAUUCUUUGAGUAUUUCUUUAUUUCGUUAUUUCUACUUUUCUUUCUUUCUUUCUUUCUUUCUUUCUUUCUUUCUUUCUUUCCUUCUUUCUUUCUUUCUUUCUUUCUUUUAUUUCUUUCUUGCCUUCUUUCCUUCUUUCUUUCUUUUUUCUUUCUUCCUUUCUUUCUUUCUUCUAUGAAACUUCUUUCUUCUUUGAUCUAUAAAAUCUUUGCUUUUUUUCCUCUUCCUGAAAAUGAAUUCUGGUUUCUUUGUUCUAUAAAAUUAUUUUCCCUUCCUUUUCUUCUUUUCACUCUUCCUAAAAAAGGAUUUUUUUGGUUGUUUCUUUGUUUGUUUGUUUCUUUCGUUCUUUCUUUCUUUCUUUCUUUCUUUCCAUCUUUCUUUCUUUCUUUCUUUUGUGAUUUCCUUCUUACUUUACUUCUUUCUUUUAUAAAAUUUUGUUUCUUUCUUUAUUCUAUAAAUUUGUAUCCUUUUUAUUCUGUAUUUUUUCUUUCUUUCUUUCUUUCUUUCUUCUUUCUUUCUUUCUUUCUUCUCUGUUUUCUUUCUUACGUUACUUCUGUCUUCAAUAAAACAUUCAUUCUUUCUUUAGUUCAGAAGAUGAUUUUUCCUUCUUUUUAUUUCUUUCUUUUCUUCUUUCAUUCUAUCUUUCUUUCAAUUUUCUUUCUUUCAUUCUUCUGUGGUUUCUUUUUUGCUUGCUUUUCCUAUAAAACUUUGAUUCUUUCUUUGUUCUGUGAUAUUGUUUUUCCUUCUUUCUUUCUUUCUUUCAUUCAUAAUUCUCUGGGUUUUUUAUUACGUUAUUCUUUCUUCUAUAAAACUUUCAUUCUUUAUUUGUUCUAUAAGAUGGUUUACCCCUUUAUUCUAUCUAUCUAUCUAUCUAUCUAUCUAUCUAUCUAUCUAUCUAUCUCAUUCUAUUCAGAUCUAUCUAUCUAUCUAUCUAUCUAUCUAUCUAUCUAUCUAUCUAUCUAUCUAUCUCAUUCUGUUCAGAUCUAUCUAUCUAUCUAUCUAUCUAUCUAUCUAUCUCUGUUCUAUCUAUCUAUCAUUAUCUAUUUAUCUAUCUAUCUAUCUAUCUAUCUAUCUCAUUCUGUUUCAGAUCUAUCUAUCUAUCUAUCUAUCUAUCUAUCUAUCAUUCUGUUCAGAUUUCUGUUCAUAUCUAUCUAUAUCUAUCUAUCUAUCUAUCUAUCUAUCUCAUUCUGUUCAGAUCUAUCUAUCUAUCUAUCUAUCUAUCUAUCUAUCUAUCUAUCUGUCUCAUUCUGUUCAGAUCUAUCUAUCUAUCUAUCUAUCUAUCUAUCUAUCUAUCUAUCUAUCUCAUUCUGUUCAGAUCUAUCUAUCUAUCUAUCUAUCUAUCUGUCUCAUUCUGUUCAGAUCUAUCUAUCUAUCUAUCUAUCUAUCUAUCUAUCUAUCUCAUUCUCUUCAGAUCUAUCUAUCUAUCUAUCUAUCUCAUUCUGUUCAGAUCUAUCUAUCUAUCUAUCUAUCUAUCUAUCUAUCUAUCUAUCUAUCUAUCUUUUGUGUUCAUAUCUCAAUCUGUUUAUAUGUAUCUAUUUAUCUUUCUCAAUUUGUUCAUAUCUAUCUAUCUAUCUAUCUAUCUAUCUUAGCCUGUUCAUAGCUAUCUAUCUAUCUAUGUCAAUCUUAAAAAUAUCCAUUUAUCUUUCUCAAUUUGUUCAUAUCUAUCUGAUCAUAUCUAUCUAUCUAUCUAUCUAUCUAUCUAUCUAUCUAUCUCAAAAUUAA